AUGCAAUUCUCCACCGUCGCUGCCAUCUCCGCCUUGUCCGCCACCGCCUUGGCCGGUUACCACAACGCCACCACCGUUACCACUGAUGUCACCGUCACUGGCUACACCACCUACUGCCCAGAGUCCACCGUGAUCACCAUCACCACCUGUGACACUGUCUGCAAGCCUCACACCAUCACCGUCUCUGAGGCCACCACCUUGACCAUCACCGAGGAGUGUGUUGUCCCAACCACCUACACCACUGAGACCUACACUGAGACCAUGGAGUGGACCACCGAGACCAAGGAGACCGCCACCUCCACUGCUGCCCCAGCUUACACUUCUGCCACCGUCUCCACCUACGAGGGUGCCGGUGCCAAGAACGUUGCUGGUGUUGUCGCUGGUGUCGCCGCCGUCGCUGCUGCUUUGUUGUAA